GGCCGCCAGUCUGUGCGUAAAAAUCCCCAAAAAGUUUAACGCACCGAAGAGAUUAUCUGAGGAGUCUCCAUACCCGAUCAUCACUCCCCGGGAAUAGUAAAGCUCACACCAGACGCCCACUGGAGCGGGAUAUAUAACUUUUAUUAGACAUUGUGUGGAGAGACUGGGAGCUUCGGGCUGGUGGAGCGGGAGAGCGGAGGAAUCCUCUUCGCUGCAGCCGGGGAGGAGUGCACGCAGCGCCGGGUAGCAGGCUGACCCAAAGGACGGCACCUCUGAGAGAAGGUUAUGACGGAGCUGAGCUGAACAUGGAGCUUCUCUGGAUUUUGUUAUUUUCUAGUGUCUGUCCUCUCGCCUGGGGCCAAGGAGUUUACGCUCCAGCUAAUGCCCAGAUCGUACACUCAGGCGCAGCAUGUAACGUCAAGGAUGAUAACAUCAGCGAGAGAAUCUACACCAUCAAAGAAGGAGACACACUCGUUCUUCAGUGUAUCGUCAAGGGACACCCACGGCCACAGGUACGGUGGACAAAGACGGCGGGCAGUGCGUCAGAAAAAUUCCAAGAAAAACCCAUCUACAAUGAGACGCUACGCAUCAAUGUCAUCAAAAGGAUACAUGGGGGCCGCUACUACUGCAAGGCCGACAACGGGGUGGGGGUGGCUGCCAUCAAGUCCAUCCGUGUAGAUGUGCAAUACCUUGAUAUACCAGUUCUGACGGUGCACCAGACCAUCAGUGAUGUGCGUGGCAGUUACUACCAGGAGAAGACGGUGUUCCUGCGCUGCACCGUCAACUCCAACCCUCCCGCACGAUUUAUCUGGAAACGCGGGAACAUGCUCAUCGAACAGAGCAAAGACAACGGAGUGGACAUCUACGAGCCGCUUUACACUCAGGGUGAGACCAAGGUGCUGAAGCUGAAAAACCUCAGACCCAAGGACUUUGCUGAUUACACCUGCCAGGUGUCUGUACGCAAUGUGUGCAACAUCGAAGACAAGUCGGUCACUUUCAGGCUCACGAAUGCAACCGCUCCCCCAAUGAUCCGGCUGUCAGUCAACGACACGGUGGUGGUGGAUCCUGGGCAGGACGUGAUGUUAACCUGUGAGGUGACUGCAGGUUUCCCUCUCCCCAAAGUGAAUUGGUCGUGUUCUGCUGGCGACCUUCCCCUCAGCGCAAAGGUUCAAGGGGCAACACUCAUUCUGCGUGCGGUCACACCGGCGGACGCAGGCUUUUACAACUGCUCGGCUGUCAACAAUGUGGGCAACCCUGCACGAAAGAACGUCAAUGUGGUUGUCAGGACGAUGAGCAACCUGACCUUUCAAAUUACACCCGACUCCAACAAGGACAGUGAGAGCAUCCAAAUGGGUCGGGACCUCAAGCUGUCGUGCCAUGUUGAUGCCACCCCGCAGGACAAGGUCAACUACACCUGGUACAAGAACGGCGCACCUGUCUUCAACUCGGACAGCCUGAUCUUGCUGCGCAGUGACCCUGACAUGGCACCCGGCACCAGCAGCUUGGAGAUUGUGGACAUGAAGUUCAGAGACUUGGCUACCUACAGCUGUGUGGCAAAUUUCCCCGGGAGCAGGGUCCCGGAGCUCCGUGUGGAUGUCAACAUCUCUCAGAACAGUGUCUCUCCUCCAGUGCUCUCUGUUCCGCCAGGAGGUCAGGUGGUCAACGUGCGAGAGGGAGGCAUUGCUGAGCUGGUUUGCCUGAUAGUGGAUGGCAAACCACGUCCACCUAUACUCUGGUCACGGACAGAAAAGGACCUGCUAAUGCCGUCAAAGACGCCUGUGAUGGAGACUCCUGAUGGCCGCUUGAGGCUCAGGAAUGUCAGCAGGGACAUGAUGGGGGCGUACCGGUGCCAGACUGCUCCGUACAAUGGGCUUAACAUCAAGCGCAGAGAGGCGCAGGUCCAGCUUAACGUGCAGUUUCCACCCAUUUUGGACCCAGUAUUCCAGGACGUGCGUGCUCGGAACUAUCAGAUGGUGACUCUGAGGUGUACGGUGCUGCGGUCCAAUCCGCCGCGUCUGACAGACAUUCGCUGGUACCGUAAUGGCGAUUUCAUCCGCAUGCCCAUGCCGGACCUGAAGGAGACUCCGGAACUGAAGUUCAAGCUUGAACCUACCAACAAUGGCUCUUAUGAGUGCCGAAUCAGCAAUUCUGCAGGAACAUCGACAUGCACAUUUAAUGUCUCUGCUCAACCGUAUAGUGCAGAAUUUUACUAUGACACACCGAACCCAGUCCGGAUUCUGAAAGGUAACAACUAUUCCUACAACCUGCAGUGGACACAGAGAGAUCCAGAGGCCACAGACCGUAUCAUCGGCUACUGGAUUAAUAUCCGAAAGAACUUGCUGUCGUGGCAGAUAGAGCUCAAGGAUAAGGAGCCAGAGAGGGGUGUGCUGAUGUCCCACACCAUAUCAGACCUGAGAAUCCCCCUGUCCUACGAGGUCCGACUGGCCCCCAUCACCACCUACAGCACUGGGGACUACAUCAGUCGAAUCAUCCAGUAUUCAGAACCCUACACCUACCCGAGGCCCUCAGACCGUGUAUGUGGUUUCAAAGAUGAGCGAAUCUGUGGUUUCUCUCAAGACCGGAGUGACAUCUUUGACUGGACGAGACAGAAUCACCUGACGCAGAAUCCCAAGCGAUCUGCCAACACUGGCCCCGAGACUGACCGCAGCGGAACCAAGGAGGGAUACUACAUGUACACUGAAGCAUCAUGGCCGCGUGUUCAGGGAGACAAAGCUCGUCUGCUGUCCCCACUUUUUAAUGUGACCUCAGUCAGAGGUCCCAAGGGCUCCGGCAGAGUACCAUACUGUGUGUCCUUCUACUACCACAUGAAGGGCAAACAUAUCGGGACUCUGAACGUGCUCCUUAGAGUGAGAAGCAUUGCCUCUGUGGACUCUGUGAUUUGGACCAAGUCUGGUCCUCAAGGCCCUGACUGGAAGAAAGCGUACUUUGACAUCAGCCCCAGUGGACCCUUCCAGAUUGUAUUUGAAGGAAUCCGAGGCCAGAGCUUUGAGGGGGACAUUGCCAUCGACGACGUCUCCAUCACCAUAGGAAAGUGCAAACAGGAGAACACUGUAGCCAGCGCAGGUAAGACAGUCCUGAUCGGUGGCUCACACUCACUCCCAUUGGCCAGCUGGCUGACCUUUGGCCUCUCCUGCUUGCUGUCGCUGCUCUACAGAUGAUGAGCACUUCUCAGCACAGCCACCACCUGUCUGCACGGCCAGAUGCUGCCCUGACUCGCUCUUUUACUUCUCUCUCUGCCCUUCCCCCUCUCCUCCCCUCUACUUACUUGUCACCUCACCUGUCUGUCCUCCUCGCUCACUGUCUCUCUAACUUUCAUGCAUCCGUCUCAUCUUUCCUGCUUAUAGGUAAAUGGUAACAUAAAGUCUACUUUCCCCUCCUCCUGCUUUCUUUGAACAUUUCCCCUGCAGACACUCUGCACUAUAACCAACAGACUGUAUUUAAGGUAAACAUACUUAAUGAUCUUCGACAGUCGACCUUCACAUCCUCCCACUUUGUCACCUUUUCCUUCUUCUCCUUCAUCAAAACCCUUCACCCAUACAAGCACCCUCUCAUGUAUCUCCACUCCCCUCAAACUGCAAUCCUUGACGGCCCGAUUCCCGAGACACACCAAAGUGUCGGACACUCUACCAAAGAUGACAAAGGACCGGAGGGAAUAAAGCAAGGGAACAUGGAUUCCAAGAAGAAAAUGAAAGAGAGAGAUAGAAAAAUCCUUCUUUUUCACAGAAACUGUCUCCCAUUUGUCCUAACCUUUGGGACCAUGGGGGUGACUGAAUGACAAAGAGAGAGAUGAAAAGACUGAUGAAUGAAUGAAUAAAUGAACAAAUGAAUGGCGAGGAAAGGACAAACCAGAAACAGAGGUAAAAAGAUGGGUGCUCCUGGUAGCCUCUCUGCUCGCCCUCUGCUUGCCACAAGAGACGAACCUCAGUGCGGAUUACACGUGUACAUUUAUCUAUAUAUAUAAAUAUAUCAAAUAUAACAAAGUUUAAACUUAAACACAACAAGGACAGUGGAGGACUUUACAAAGUGAAAUUAAAGAAGCACAACGUUUAUACAACCUCUGCUGUUCCUUUGGGUUUUAUUCUACUUAUUAUGUGAUGUUGCGAUUUGUCAUACCUACUCAAUGUUUUUGAUAUUUUGCUUUGGUUUUGUUUUGUUUACGGGUUUGAAGGGUCAAGGGAAAUUGGUAAUGGAUUAUUAUAUUAAUAUUUAUGAGAGGAAGAUGAGAUGAUUAGUGGACUGGAAUCAAGCUCUUGGAGGAAAUGUAAGAAUGACCCUGAGCCACCUGGGUAGACACCUCAGCUCUUCUUCGCACAAACACUACAUUACUGAACACUCACAUUUACCUGGACACAAAUAAACACACUCUUAGUUUUCCUUUCUGACGUCACAGUCUGGCCCUCUGCUCACCCUCUGCCUCAAAUACACCUCUCUUCUGCGAAAGACGGAAAACAAAGAAUGGUAGAUUUAUAUUUCCAGCCUCUUUUUCAUAAUUGUUCCUCUGUCACUGGACGUCAUGACUCAACGGAAUAGAUGCACUUCCUCUUAUGAGGAAGAAAGGGAAAGUGCUGUGAUAUGAGAGGCAGAAGAUAUCCUGGAGUCUGGUUGAAUAAAUGAUCAAAGAGCACGUCUUUCUCCGCAGGUUACUGAAUGUCAUGUAGGAUUCCUUCAUAACACUCCAAUAGGUGGAAGGAGAGGAGUUUCAGUAUCUGGCCAGUGUGCAGUGUGGAUCACAUAUCAGAUACUCUGUCAUUGUUUCAAUAUCGUUGAAUGUCUGUAGACUCAAGAAUUUUCAUAAUUGCGUAGAUAUGAUUGUUGAAGUCAAGCAAUACUCACAUCUAUAGAUCUAUAUGGUAGUUUAUGAUUUCAUUUAUGACAACAGUUCAGUCUGCAUAUACAAACCCUUGUUUUCUCCAAGAUACAACAUACUGGCUUCUUCUCUCAUUUAUGAGU